UGUUUUAUUUUCCAAAUGUAUUCCAGGUUUUUUUCCCUGUGGGGGAUUUGAGGCGUCCUGGUUUUGAGGAGGUUUUCUUCUGGAAAAGUGGGAAAAGGUGGAUUUUUCCCAUUAAUUCAGGGUCUGGUGAUUUGUGGGAAGGAGCACCAGUGGUGGAUUCCUGCUGGGAAUUACUCCAGCUCAUUUGGAAUUUUUUGGGAGCUGUUAAAUGAGGAUUUUCAUGGAGCGGUCACUAAAAAUAUCCCAACAUUGGGAAUGGGGAGAUGCAGCUCCAGGGAAUCCCAGAGUCCCUUCUGGGAAUCCAGGGAGAGCUGGAGAGGGAUUUGGGUCAGGGAAGGAGAGGCAGGACACAGGGAAUGGCGGGAAAAGUGGAGAUUUAGAUGGAGCUUGGGAAGGAAUUCCCAGCUGAGAUGGAAUUCCCAGAGCAGCUGUGGCUGCCCCUGGAUCCCGGGAAUGCCCAAGGCUGGGCUGGAGCACCUGGGAUAGGGAAAGGUGUCCCUGCCCAUCCCAUCCAAAAUAUUCCCGGAUUCUCCUGAGUGAUUCCCAUUCCUUGGCACGUUGGGAUUGAAAAGAGCCUUGGAACAUCCCCGAAGGUGGGAAGGGAAUUCCAGAGCCCCGGGAAGCCAUGUCCAGGGAAAAGCCGUGUCUCAGUGCGGGCAGGACGGGGUUAAUUCCCAGGAAUUCCCAGGAUUUUCCUGUGGGAUUGAAGUUCGGGAUAGAGCUGGGAAUCCACCAGCCCUGCCCGGCUCCCUUCUCCCAAUUCCUGAAUAAUUAAGGGAUAAUAAUUAAUAAUAAUUAAUAAUACACUGAGCCCGCUCAUCCCUCUCCAUCCCGCUGGAAUCUCCCGCUCUCCGAACUUUGGGAAAGCCGUUCCCAGUGGAACACUGCCGGAAAAGCAGCAGAUUUUUGGGAAGCAGAACGGGAAACUCACCGGGCUGGGAUUCAUUCCCAUCCAGCCGGGAACAAUCUGGGAAUGAGGAGCCGCGGGAGGGCUGGAACCGCCAGGCUCCUCUGGAGGAGCUCCGGGAGUUUUCCAGAGGUGCUGGGAGCGGGAGAUGCGCGGCAGGGCUGGGAAUUGAUAUUUUUUCCUGAUAUUUUUCCACUUCCUCGCCGCUGGAUCCGAUCCCGGCCGCCUUUGGCCGCGCCGAUUUCCGGGUUUAUCUGGGAACCUUUUUCCCUUGGACGAGCCAGGGCUCAUUCGCUCCCAAAACCUGGGAAUUGCCGGCUCUGGGAUCAUCCCUGGGGGCGCUUCCUGGCGGGAUCCUGCCUCUGGAAAAGCCGCGCCCGCCCGGCCGGGAAUUGCAUGUGGGCAGUGUUUGUUCCCAGCUGAGUAAUCCCGGGAUUCCGAGGCAGCGCUGGAAAACGCCGCAUCCAGCGGCGGCUCCGAGCAGCGCCCCAUUCCCGGUGUCCCGGGGAUUUUCCUGGAGCUGCCUCACCCCGGAGCUGGCAGAGAGUGCCGGCGCCAGGAUCGGGCCGUCCUGAUCCCGGGAUCCUCGUGGGAGCGGCGCCAUUCCCGUGGGAUGCAGCCAGGAGGGCUUUAAGGCUCCAUCCUUGUGGAAGCUGAGCUGGAAAACCCCGGGAUCCGGAGCCGGCCAUGCCGAGCCCCCCGGCCCGGCUGCUCCGCGCCCACCAGGUGCCCGAGAGUUACCGGGAGCCGGGAAUUCUCUCCGGGUACCGCCCCCCCCGGAGCUCGGCCUGCGAGUGCCUGCUCAGCCUCUUUGGGAUGAACAACGAGACCCUCAACAUCUGGACACACCUGGUGCCCGCCGGGUAUUUCCUGUGGCUGCUGCUGUCGCGGCUGGGCGGGGCCGGGGCGGAGCCGGGGGCGGGGCCGUUCCUGGCCUACCUGGGCACGUGCGCGCUGUACCCGCUGGCCUCGAGCGCCGCGCAUGCGCUGGGGGCGCUGGGCGGGCCCGGCCGGCACCGCGCGUUCUGCUGCGACUACGGCGCGCUCAGCCUCUACGGGCUGGGCUCGGCGCUGGCGUACUCCGCCUACGCCUUCCCUCUGGAAUGGGUCGGGAGCACAUUCCAUGAUUUCUACGUUCCCGUGGCCGUGCUCAACUCCGUGCUCAGCACGGGCCUGUCCUGCUAUUCCAGGUUUCUGGAGGCGGAGCGGCCCCGCCUGAGCAAAGCUUUCCGAACUCUGGCCUUCGUGUAUCCCUACAUUUUCGACAGCAUCCCGGUUUUCUACAGGCUGUCCCGGAGCGCGGCCGGGAGCUGCUCCGAGGGCUCGCUCCCGCUGCAUUCCCGGCACAGCCUCUGCGCCCUCCUCACCUUCCUGAGCUUCACCUCCCACCUGCCCGAGCGCCUGGCGCCAGGGAGCUUCGACUUCAUCGGGCACAGCCACCAGGUUUUCCACGUCUGCGGGAUCCUGGGAACGCUCUUCCAGCUGGAAGCUGUCUCCGUGGACAUGGCGGAGCGGCGGGGCCGCCUCCCGCUGCCCUCUUCCCUGGAAACCUUCGGAUCCCUGGGAAUGGGAGCGGCCGGCAGCCUGGCCAUCCUCGGGCUCUGCUUCCGCAGCCUCCGCCCGGAGCCUCCUUCCCAGGAAAAAUCCCACUAGAUCAGGGAUUGCCUCGGAUUUCCAGAGGCAGUCCCAUUCCAGAGGCGUCCAUGGGGGAAUUGGAGAGACUGGGAAUAUUUCUUUGGGAAUUUCCCAAGGGAAAACUGCCCCGGUUUUAUCCGUGGACGGGCUGGGAAAGGCUUCCCAUCCCGUUGUUAUCCGCAGGGAAAGCGGCAAAUAAUCAGGAUUUGAUCCCUGAAAAGGGAGGGAAGCGCUCCUGCUUCCCAAAGAAUCCGGGAUCCCUCAGGUCUGCCUCAGGGAGAAAUCCAGGGAAUGUUGGCAUGGCCAGCUGGGAGAUUCCCGGUGAAGCCAAGCACUCCCUGAUUCCCGUUUUCCCCUCGGAUGUGGCAUUCCUCUGGAAUUCCGAGCCUUGCACUCCGCCCAAGUGCCUGGAGAGGUGGGAUGGGGGCACUGGAGUUUCCCUCCCGCUUUAAUUCCCACUGGCUUUGCUCUUUAUCCGGGAAAAGGGAUUCCAGGAGAGCCCCAGAGGGAUGUCCCUGCAGGAAGGCUCUUCCAGGAAAUCCUAAGGAGUUCAUUGCCGUGGGAAUUCCGAGUUUCCAUGGUGGCGGGGAUGGGGAUGGAAUUAAGGAAUUCCACCCUGUCCUGGGUAUUCCCAGGAUGGAUCCCAGGACUGGGGGUGGGAGAUGGGAGAGCUCCACUGCCCAACCUCCCGGGAUUUGGGAUCCUUUAGGAAAAGUUUUGAAUGUUUUGGGAUUGGGAUCUGCAGGGAGAUGCCAGGAGAAAAGCAGGAAUUUGGGACACCUCAAGGGCUGAAAGCACCCCGGAAUUUUAAAGAAUUCCCAGGAUUUUCUCUCUGCUGUUCCUCGUUUUCCUUCCCCGCUGCUUCUGGAACUUGCAGGAGGAGCCUGGAGCUCCAGGCUUUUCCAGGAUCCAGGUCUUCCCUCUUGGAUUUCCCUGCGGGAAUGCGGCACACGCUUUAUUUUUUCGGGAAUAUUUUCCUGGAUAAUCCUACGGGUCUUCCGUUAAUUUCCUUUAAUUGCCUUUGCCGAGGUCUGGCUGGGAGCUGCUGGAAUUUGGGAUAUCACAAUAAAAUCUGGGACAAACUGGUUAAAUUCGGGAUAAAUCAACCCCUGGGAAGGCUGAGCGGGAUUUUCGGGAUAUUCAUGAGCACUGGAAUUGCUUUUUCCAAUGGUUUUAUGGAAAUGAGAUAAAUCACUGAUUUUAUUCUGCUUAAUAAUAAAAGAAUAUUCCAGAGGGAA